AAAAAAGAGGCAAUUAAAGAGAGUGACCAACUGUUUGACCAAUGGAAAAAAGAAAAAGACGCGGUGUUGGCGAGAAAAGCGAAAGAAAGACGACAAGCAGAAUUAGAAAAGAAAAGAGCGCAGGAUAGAGAAUCUGCCGACAAGGAGAAACAGAAGCUGAGUGUAUUUGAAACGUGGAAGGAGAACAAGCAAAAACAGCAAAAGGAACAGCGAGAAAAGGAGAAGAAAAAACAAGAGGAGCAAGCGGGGGGCAAGAAGGUGGGCGGACAUAGUACUAGUAAGAGGGCUAUGAGUGCGAGUGGGGGAGGGGGAGACAAAACCAGAAAAGGUGCCUUAUCUGCUCAUCAUGGCAAGACCAAGUUAACAGAGAUGACGCCACAACAGGCGUUCGAAAGUUGGGAGAAGAGGAAGACUGAGUUGGUGAGGGAGGAGCGGAGUAGACAGAAGGAGCAGAAGAAGAGGGAGGAGGAGGAGCACGAGGAGGAGAAGAAGUACAAGGAGGAAGAGAGCAGGAGGAAGUUUGAUGAGUGGAGAGAGCGGAAGAGACAUGAACAAUUCCUGCAACACUCUUCGACACAUGUCACAUUAGGAGGAGGUGUGCUCAAUGGAACUACCGCCAUAAUCCCUAUUGACGACAGACCUCCCUUCAAACCCAACGGACGCAACAGAUGACCCAACACUGAAUGUCACAGAAAAUGCGAGUGAAGUUUCCAAAUAGUUUCCCAUGGUUCCUUUUUUCUUCCAGAGCCAGCUAAAAUGAUCUUAUGAUGAGAGGCGCCAAAACUACCAGAGCUGAGAGAGUAUUUCAAUUAAAAAGAUUCGCGCCUCGCCUGGAACUGAAAAUAAGGAUUGCUUUGAAUCCGAUGUAAAUUUAUCAAUUGAUGUGUCCUAAUUAAAAUUUUUAUGCCACAUUUUGAUACAAUUCAGAGCAGUAUUACGAAUUUGGUACUCAUUUCUGUCAAUUUUGUGACAAAACGGCUGUUUCACUUAAACUAAUACAACAUACGAA